AUGCCUCCCCAAGUACUGUCCGAAUCCGAAUCAGACGGCGAUCUGAUCCCUGCCAGAAACUCGAGGAAGGCCAUGCCUGUGGAUGACGACGACAUUGAAGAUGAUGUCGUAGAAGAGCAGGAUGAUGAGGAAGAUGCCGCCGACGAGGAUGGGGAAGAAUUUAUCGUAGAGGCUAUCAAAGACCACAAGUUCGAGGGCAAGAAAUUGUACCUUCAUGUCAAAUGGAAGGGAUACGAAAAGAAGAGCGACAUGACCUGGGAGCCCGAGGAGAAUUGCGAGGGAGCAAAGGAAAUCUUGCAGGAGUACUACGAGAAGAUUGGUGGCCGCCCGAUGUAUCGCGCCAUCUCAAUUCCGAAACGCGGACGGCAACCCGCUGGGGGGGCUUCAGCUCCUGUAUCAGCGGCGCCCAAGAACACCAAACGUGCCAGGACAUCUUUUGGCGCUUCUUCUUCAAAGUCAAAUGGGGAUGAUGCCUCGCCGGCACCUGUAGAGCUCACGACCAAGAAAAAUUGGGAUGAGGAUGCCACCAUCGAUACCAUCGAAAAGACAAGCAAGGGUCUUGUUUGUUAUGUUCACUGGGCUGAUGGAAAGAAAACACAACAUCCCAUCCAGGAUGUCUAUAACAAGUGCCCCCAGAAGAUGCUCAGCUUCUACGAGCAGCACCUUGUCUUCAAGGAAAGUGGUACUUUAUAA